AAAAGGUCGCAAAGUUCAAGGGGGCCGAAUACUUUCGCAAGGCACUGUAUAUGGAUAUCAGGCUACAUUAGAAUAUACAGUAUAUGGACAGCAGCAGUCAACAUAGAUAACAGGCUACAAUACAGCAGACUAUGGUGAUGAUGAUAGUGAUGUCUCUGCUAACUAAUGCUACUACCAGUACUGUACACAAGGGUCUACAGUGUAACAUAAUACGAUAGUGGUGUGUUGUAAUACUGCAGACAUAAGUGUUUGUGUGAUUAAAUGUGACUUUGUCAAGUAGUCAGUGUUGUGUUUCACCAUUCUAUCCAAUGUAUUGUCAGUUUGGAAUGUUGUUAUUAGCCAAACAAUAUUAAGGUCAUUAUUAUUGGGAUGGUGCAGUAAUGUUGAGAUGCCAGUAGGAGGAGCUCUAGUCUAGAACACUGGAACCUUCAGUACCACUUUGAUGCAGAUAAUGAGGAGAGUAAAUCGAAUGGGUUUGUAGAAUAGAAUGAAUGACAUCAUGGAACUGACCAAAUGUAAAUGGAACUUUGACCUGUUCCAUGUAGAACUCAGAGGGUCAAGGCAACACAUUCUAAUAUAUUAUAAACAUUCCAUAUAGAAUAGUCAACAUAUUGUUAACAUGGUUCUGUAUUUAUAUAAAAGCGGAAAUGGGUGACAUUUUGUCCAUUAUAGAAAUGUAGGACCCAUUUUAAUACAGUAACCUCCCUUCUCUGACAUGAUGUUCUGGUCGUCAUGCAUGUUAAUGUCUUAAAGAGGAAGAAAGGACUGUGUCAUCUACUUUAAAUAUGUAUCAACCACAGAACUGACACUUACUAGCAGUUGCCACACACUAUCAGUCAGUUGACUCACUGUACAAGACUCUCCCCUUCACUUCACUCUGUAAGUACUCUUGACAAUGUCUUGAAAUAUAGUUUUGGGUUAUUUGUUUUUAGUCAUAAGUCAUAUACUUGAGGGUAAUGUAUAAUUGUACUUGUUGUUAUGUUUUGAGCUGUGUUCUGGUUGUUACAUCAGGGUCAGUAUUCAUAAAGUGUGUCAGUGUAGGAGUGUUGAUCUACAUAGAGAUGAGAUAAUUAACCAGGGUAAAAAAAGACAUUCAAACCAAUAUUUAAACACUGCAGUGUGUGUGUACGUGUCCGCCCCCAUGGGUGUGAAUUACACAGUGGAUUUAUCUGAGGGCCCUUUAGGACCAGACUGAUAGGGAGUAGGGUUGACAUCUAUACUGUGUAGGAUGUGUGUUUUAACUUUUCUACAUCCAUAACAACCAGCUCUCUAGACUUUGAUACAGACUCCAUGGGCCUUAUGGGCCUUUACUACAGAUAGUGUCUGUAUUUGUGUGUGUGUGUGUGUGUGUGUGUGUGUGUGUGUCAGUCGCUGUUUAGCCUCACAGCUUGAGGAUAGUAGCUAUCAUUGAACCUGGUGGUCAUUCUUUAGGCUGCUGUACAGCUUGACAGACCGUAGAGGAUUGAACAUUUAUCCUCCUAUAUUUGGGGUUCUGAGAAUAAAACAGCUUCAGAACGAUCAAUGUAGAAAUGUGUGUUUACAGUAAUACUGUUGAUGUUGAAUAAGUUAUUGUUGUUGUUUAUAAUGAUGAUGAUGACAAUUGUAUAUAUUAGGAAUUUAUUUUUGCAUCAUGCCAGUUUAAGUAGAUAGACGUAGACAGACAUGCAACACAUCACACACAUUACAUACAUAGUGCAAUAGACUUACAGACAGACAGUAUUCACAUAGACAACCAUAUAGCACAAUACAACACAACACAAUAUGAGCCUGGUUCAUUUUCAGUAAUGAGGCCCUGUACUCCAUUUACAGUUUAUACUUCAAUGUAUCAGGUGGAGUUAUUCACCAGCUAUAGAGUUGUUGUUUAUGUUUCUAAGACUGCAGGGUGGGAGAUGCAACAAUGGCCUUGAGAACAGCAGGUAGUGUGUUGGUGGUCUUUCUCUGGUCUGUAGCAGGUGUUCUGGGACAAAAUACUGUGAAGAGUGUCUGUGCCUUAAAGGGGUCAUCAGUGGACAUGCGCUGUCCUGUUCCCAGUGUGACCCAAGUCACAGAGAUAGUCUGGUAUAACACACGGUUGAAUGAUAAGCCUUUUGAUCUGAGAUGGGACCCUAAGUUUGAUGGUCGUGUGGACUACCGUGGAACUACAGAGAAGGACUGCAUCCUGAGAAUCACAGACCUGAGACAGAGUGACAUAGCAACAUAUCACUUCAGAUAUAAAACAAACCAGUAUUCAGGAUGGAAAUAUUCAUAUGGAUUCACUCUCAGUCUCACAGAUCUAAAGGUGGAGAGGAUAUAUGACAACACACUGACCUGUAGCACCACCUGUACUCUGACUGGUAACCCCACAUACAUCUGGUACAAGAACGGACAACGUCUAGAUGAGAGCACCUCCCCCCAGUACAAAUACUCAGUCUCCAGUAACUAUGACAAUAGUUUCUCCUGUGCUGUAAAAGGCCAUGAGGAUCUCCCCUCUCCUGCAGUGUGUGUUCAGGGUCACAACUGCUGGAGGGUGACUUACAGCAAGAGGAGAAUCUGUGUCUUGAAGGGCUCCACAGUGAACAUAUCCUGCUCUUACACUCAUCCCACUAGUUAUAUAGAACAAGGUUCAUUCUGGUUUACACAGAAACACCCUGUAGAUGUCAGGUCAUAUCCAGAGUAUACAGGUCGUGUGGAGUACAAUAGGAACACAGAGAACCACCACACCAUGACAAUAACACACCUGACAGAGAAGGACUCGGCUGAAUACAUAUUCAGAUUAAUAACAACAAAAGAGGGGAGAUUUUCUGGCCUUCCUGGUCUGAUGUUGACUGUCACAGAUAUCCUGUUAGAGAUGGAUCCUACGUCUGUGUCAGAGGGGGAGAGAGUCACACUGAGAUGUAGAACCCAAUGUACAGUCGGUCUCAACCCCACCUACAUCUGGUACAAGAACAGACAAAGUCUGACCAACCCAGUCACCAGUUAUAACAGCCUGAUCCUAGACCCAGUCACCAGUUAUAACAGCCUGAUCCUAGACCCAGUCAGCAGUGAGGAUGCAGGGAACUACUCCUGUGCUGUAGAAGGCUUAGAGAGAAUCCUCUCUCCAGAAGAGACUCUCACUGUCAGAUACGGCCCAAAGAACACCUCAGUGUCAGUCAGUCCCUCUGGUGAAAUAGUGGAGGGCAGUUCAGUGACUCUGACCUGCAGCAGUGAUGCCAACCCACCUGUGGACAUAUACACCUGGUACAAGAAGAAUGGAGGUGGCUAUCAGAGUAUGACAGGACCACAGCAUGUCUUCAAACAAAUCCAGUCAUCUGACAGUGGAGAGUACUACUGUGAGGCCCAGAAUGAGAUGGGGACAGACAUGUCUAGGACCAUUAACAUGGAUGUGAAGUAUACUCCAAAGAACACCUCAGUGUCAGUCAGUCCCUCUCGUGAAAUAGUGGAGGGCAGUUCAGUGACUCUGACCUGCAGCAGUGAUGCCAACCCACCUGUGGACAAAUACACCUGGUACCAGAAGAACGUAACCUCACCAAAAGCAUCAGGACAGAGUUACAGCAUCACUAACAUCAUCUCUGAGGACAGAGGAGAAUAUUACUGUGAGGCCCAGAAUGGAAGAGGAUCUAUGAACUCUACAGCUCUGAUGAUCAUUAUAGCAGGGAAACAGACCUCAGUUGUGACUGCAGCUGUAGGAAUCAUAGUGGUUGUUCUGGUUCUCAUCCUCUGUUUCUCUGGAUUCAUGUGGUUCAGGAGAUCCACAGGAGGAAGUGAUGCCACAGCAGACACACAGAGUGUCCGUCCUGACUGUAACAGUGACACGUACACAGGUCUGAACAUGAGGACCAUGUCCCCUGACUACGACACUCUGAUAAGUGUCCAUCCUGACCCUAACAGUGAUACGUACACACCUCUGAACAUGAAGACCAGGUCACCAGAGUAUGACACCCUGGCAAAUGUGAGGGGAAUCUCCCACUGAAGAGUAUCACCACAGAACCUGGACUAAAGAGAAGCACCACAGAACCUGGACGGAAGAGAAGCACCAUAGAUCCUGGACUUAAGAGAAGCACCACAGAACCUGAACUGAAGAGAAGCACCACAGAACCUGGACGGAAGAGAAGCACCACAGAACCUGGACUGAAGAGAAGCACCACAGAACCUGGACGGAAGAGAAGCACCACAGAACCUGGACUGAAGAGAAGCACCAUAGAUCCUGGACUGAAGAGAACCACCACACAACCUGGACUGAAUGUUCCAAUACAAAACGAGGCCUUACACCUCUAUCCUAUUGCUGCCAUAUCUAGACGUUUUUACACACCAUGAACUUUAACCUUUCAGUAAAUACUGGAAUAUAUAUUUUGGAAUGGAAUAUAUUGAUGAUAAAUGAGAUGGGUUAUAUUUUAAUGUAAAUAACCACAUUUUCUUGUGUACCAAUCUGUUAACUAUCUUUAGUUUUAUUUCUGAUCUUUUUCUAUGGGGUUUUGUCAUAUACAGAUGUUUUAUAACAUCAAUAGUCCUACUUUCCUCAGCAACUAAUAUAGAUAAUACUGAUAACAGCUUUUUAAUAUAUUUAGCUCUUGGGCCAAGUUUCCCCUGAAGUGUUUAAUGGUGAUUUACUUUGUAUUGCUGUCAGAUAUCAUUACUAAUUGUAUAUUACGUAAUACCAUAUUGAUCCGUGUCAUUAUAUAUUUUUUAUUUAAAAAUAAAUGUAAUCAGUCCGUUAUUAUAAUUUCCAACAUUUUGGUAGGCUAUUUGUUAGUCAACUUGUCUAUCACUUCUAAAUACAUGCAGUGGCGACACGUCAUUCAAGGCAGCUGAGGAAGAGCUAAAUCUGUUUUCAGCCCCAUGGUUAGCUUUUUUUAAACUUGUUUUGCAUAUUUUGAAAUUAAUACGUGACACAUAUCAGUUUGCAAAUAAAGUUAAUGAAUAAAUAAAGCAUUGAGUUAAUAAAGUCGCAUAGAAA